CCGGGUGUGCCAGUGUGCCCAUGGCUGUAGUGCCGCCUCUACCGUGCCCGUGCCACCGUCGAGUAUAACUGUGUCCCGCGCCCACACCACGCCCACCCUCACCUUCCCAGGGGCGCCUCCCACGCCUUCCCAAAAAGAUUCUAGGGAUUCUUACUUGCGUCAGUCACGGGUAAAAACGUAAAGUGGACUGUAGUGUAUUGUGGGUGAGGAACCGGGGCCAGCCAUGACGAUUCCGCCCUGCUGACCUCUCCCACGCGUAGGGGCCGUCCAUCGCCCCUCACACACGCCCCACCCCACCACCCUGCGUUAAGGGCUCCCCUACACCUCCCUUACAUCUUUUCGCCUUCACCCGGAACUCCAUCUUCGCCUCCAAUCAUGACUGUGGACACGUCAGAGGUGGUGAACAUGCUGAGGAAGGGGGACAAGGUGGGCGUGUUGGUCUACCUCAGGAACGGAGGGGACGCCAACGCCCGCAACCAGCUGGGCUGGACCUUACUCCACCUGGCCUGUGUGGAGGGCCAGGCUCAGAUUGUGGAGGUCCUCCUCGAAGCUGGUGCCUCGGUUAACUCGUGCACUACGGACAUGUGCACUCCCCUACACCGAGCCUCCUCCCACGGCUACUCAUCGUGUGUCGAACUACUGCUCAAGAAGAACGCCUAUGUUAAUGCUCAGGACAAGUCAGGCAACACGCCCUUACACGAGGCAGCGCGAGGCUUCCAUACAACUGUGGCCAAGAUGCUCAUCAACAAGAAGGCUGACACAACCAAGACGAACAGAAAGAACCAGGUGUUCCUCCAACUGGUGGGGCAGCAGCUGAUGCCGGCGGUGGAGUGUGGGGACACGGAGGUGCUGGUACAGUGGCUGGACUGGGGCCUCAACCCGGACACAAAGGGAAACCUCCACUGGUCCAUCCUACACCACGCCAGUGCCAGGGGCCAGCUCAACAUUGUCUCACUACUGCUGGAAAGGGGCGCCAACGUCAACAUAGAGGACAGCAACAGAACGUCGCCUCUCCACACCGCCUCCUUCCACGGCCAUCUGCGAGUAGCUGACCUUCUGGUGAACUCGGGGGCCAACGUCAAUGCGCAGGACCAGCGAGGCAACACACCGCUACACUCGGCUAUAGAAGGCAGUCACCCCGGCAUUAUCAACUUAUUACUGGAGCGAGGAUGUGAUACUUCCCUGCCUAACAAGGAAGGCCAGAUCUUCACACACCUGGUGAACGAGUUCUUGGUGACAGCCGUACAUGCAGCCAACGUGGGCCAAGUGGUGAGCCUCCUGAAAGGCCAAGCUGACCCCAACACCCGCGACUCCUACGGCUUCCCUGUGUUGUGCCACUCUGCCUUCAAGGGGGACGUGUUGAUCGCUGAUGCCCUGUUAGAGAGUGGCGCUAACCCAAACCUCGGGGACGCUGGUGGCAAGACUCCUCUCCACCAUGCUGCCUACUGGGGGAACCUCUUCGUGCUCAAGUCACUGCUGGACAAGGGCGCCACUGUUAACAUUCAGGAUAAGCACGGCUGCACGCCCUUGCACGAUGCUGCACGGGAGGGGUCAGAAGAUGUAAUCACAGUACUAACGGGACGUGGGGCAAAGGUCGACGUGGGUGACGACGAGGGCAACACACCCCUGCACAUUGCUGCCAGGUGGGGACAAUUGUCGACUGUGGAGCAGCUACUGGAGAAGGGAGCAACGGAGAACAUCAAAAACAAGGAUGGUCUCCUCUACUCUGAUCUGGCACUAAUACGGGCAGUAAGGACAGAGGAACACAGUCAAGUGAUGUCUGGUCUAGCGUGGGGGGGCGACCCUAACAGCAGGGACUCUCGAGGUUGGACGCUGCUGCACCAUGCUGUCUACAAGGGGACCCAGAAAAUCUGUGAACUACUGUUGGAAUGUGGCGCCAACGUCAACGCCGCCGAUGAUCACGGCAGGACGCCCCUGCUGCUGGCUGCCUACCGGGGCGAGCAUCAGAUCAUGCAGAUAUUGAUGGAGGAGGGGGCAGACAUCAACGCCCAGGACUGGAUGGGUCAUACUCCACUACACUGGGCAGCCAAGGAGGGCAGUGCUGAUACUGUUGACCUGCUGCUGGACCACCAAGCUCACACACACAUCAAGAACAAGGAAGGACUCCUCUACUCUGACCUGCUGCUGAAGCACUUGUACCUGGCAGUGAGGCACAACGACGCAGACAAGGUAGUCAGACUGGUGAGGGCGGGAGCUGACCAGUUCGCGGAGGUGGAGGGGACGGGCCUCAACCCCCGGGAGGAGGCCAAGCGGCAGGGGCUGUACGACAUCCUUCGUGCAAUGGCUGCCCUGGCCAAGAAGGAGGAGCCUCUACCUGAAGAUGACAAGAUCAUUGCACUCGAGGAUGUCUAUAGACUCUUCGAAGAUGGAUAUAGCACUGAGGACGACGUCUUGGGAUCCUCAGCAGAGGAAGGACGGAGUGAGGACGACGACGACGACCAAGAUGCCUACUGGAAAAUGUCCAAUGCCUACGAGGUUCUCUCUGCUGAGGAGGCGUUUAAAGACGAGGAUGACUGGCUGGACGCUUGGCAGGAAAAGCCUAAGGUCAUCUCUGCCAAGGAACUCUUCGAGGAAGAUCAAGCCGCUUUCUGGGAAAUCUGGGAGGACAAACCAAAAGUCAUACCAGCCAAGGAAUUGUUUAAGGAAGAGAGUAAUUGGUGGGAAAAGGAUGAUAAUGACGAAGAUGAUGACAAAGAGGGAGGCGAUGAAGAUAAGUCUCAUAUUCCCUCAGCUAAGGAAUUCUUCCGAGAUGAUGAAUGUUGGUGGAGGGACGCCUUGGAGGACUUGCAGAAACCACAAGUUGUGGCAGCUAAAGACUUCUUCAAGGAUGAGAAGCCAUGGUGGGAGGUGGAGGAGGAGGAAGAGAGAAAUAAAGCAAUCUCAGCCAAAGAGUUCUUCAAGGACGAGGACAAGCCUUGGUGGGAGGAGGAGGACAAGGAGAAAGCAAAGGUAAUAUCAGUCAAAGACCUUUUCAAAGAUGAGAAGCCCUGGUGGGAGGAAGAGGAGGAAAAUAAAGUGAUCUCAGCCAAGGAAUUCUUCAAGGAUGAAGAUAAGCCAUGGUGGGAGACAGAAGAAGUCCUCCUACACCAAGAAAAGUCCUCAUCUCUACUGUCCGGACUAAAAAAAAAUUUGGACAGUGCUCGGUCAUCUGAGAGUGAGAACUACGAAAGUGAAGAGGAGGAACAGGAUGAAGACAGUGCAACGGAAUCUUCUGGUGAUGAGAUAGAGGAAUGGAGUCACACAGAAGAUUAUGAAGAUGCCAACGACAGUUUGUUAAGUGAUAGCAGCACCAUGUACAGCGCCAGUGAGGGGGAGCGACUCCAAGCUAGUGUUAUCUUUAGGGACACUCCAUGGUGGGAGGAGAGUGAAAAAUUGGACCAGCCAAACCAAAACAACCAAGAAGACAAAGAAAUCAAGAUGUCAGAACAGUUGCAAGAGAAACAUUAUCUAGACGACAUGAGUGAAGCGAGUGAGGCCACAGAGACUCUAGAUAUGGACACGAGUGAGAUAAGUGAGGCAGCAACAGAAUUGUCACAGACCACCUCCGGCAACCCCUGGACUGACAACACAUUCCAGCCCAGGGUUGAAAGAAGCAGACGAAGUAACAUUGGGAGAAUGAAAACAGACAUAAGUACUGGAGAAGAUUCAGAAGGGAAAGAUGACAUAGAAGAAGAAGAAGAGGAAAGAGAAUACUUAGAAAAGGAUGAAGAAGAAGCAGAAACAGAAGAUGAGGUUGAGAUGAAAGAUGAUACAUAUGAAGAUGGUGAUAAUGGGAUAGGUGAGGAAGAGUACAAUAGUGAAAGUGAGGAAGUGAAAAGUGAGGAUGAAAUAGAAGACAUACUGGAGGAAGAAGAGGUGGAACUUGACAGUGAAGAUAAUGUGAAUGAAAGAGCAAAUGUUCCCUCCAGGAGACUAAGUCCACUGUUGUGUUCCAGUGAGGGUUCAGACAACACUACGCCCGGCGACAGAGACAACUUAAACAUCACACCUAUAGUAAGCAUUGAUGAGAGUGAAGUUGAUGCCAAAAAAAUCAAAAUUCAUGAAAGAAGAGAAAGAAAUAGAGACCCUUUGCCAGUUCAGAAAACACCUCUAGAUAUUCUUGUGGAAGAAUCGGUGAGUAAAAGAGAAAGUUUAGUAAUGGGAGAAACUAACAUAGAUGUAGACACAACUAAAAUUGACACUUUCCUAGAUCCAAAUCAAUUGUAUGUUGACGUUCACUACUUAGAAGGAAACCUGCAGAAGUCAGACUCACAGACCAGCGGUUAUGAGUCGAGUUUAUCAUUGUCAGAAAGCAAAACUAAUAUUUAUACCACCAGAGAAUGUGAAUUUAGUGUAGUUACUGCAUGUAAUGAAACUACCGAUGCUGAAAUACGAGAAGAAAUAAAAAAUAGUGAUGGACUUGAUGAAACAGGAACAAGAAUGAAGAAAGUGUCUCCUGAGAGAGAAAGUAAACACGCAUCAGUAAAUGAGGUUGAGGAAAGACAAACAGAUGGCCAGGAAACUCAGGUUGAUACACAAGAUGACAAAACACAAAUAAUGAUAAAGCCAAGAAGUGAAAAUAAAAAUGCAGAAGAAUUGGAGAACAUUCAGAGUAAAAGCGAAGAUGGGAAGAUAAUUGUGAUGCAUAUGAAGUUUGAAACAAAUGAUGAUACGAUAAACAUAAGUGAGGCUGAACAGGAAAAUACACAGAGAGAAAACAGGAAAGUUUUUGAGGAGGAGGAAGAAAGUGAAGUGGAAGAAAACAGCAACAGCCAGGAGACGUCCAUAAGGUGUGGGAAGUACCAGCCUGCAGCAGAUGAUGUAUCUUCCAAAACGUACGCAGAAGCUCUUAAGGAAAAGUUAGGGGACAAAACAACAGUGAAUAAGAUGGAUGCAUGUUUGGCUAAAGUGGAUGCCAGUUUAGCAUGGGUAGAUGCCCGGUUGACAAAAGACUCGAAUGGAACGUCAUCAGAGAAAGAGAGGCAAAUAGGUGAAGAUGCCAGGACUCCAAUGACACACAGUGCCAGUGUAACUCCCAAAUACUGUGGUGUUAAAAAGGUCACCAAGUUACCAGGAAGGGAUGAAGGCCCAACGGUACCUUCUAAGACCAGAAGUGAUGACAAGGACACUGUACUUCUUAUGAAGGUUCAUGUUCAUGUUCCAGAAGAAAGCAGCAAGGUGAGAACAGCUGAGGAGAUCACUGUCAUCAGCCAGGAUGGAAGGACCAGCAGCGACUCUGUCAGCAGCACUUUCCUCGGGGUUGUAAAUAACGGCGAUUAUGACUUAAAGAAAAGUCCCAAGUUUGUUUCUCGGUUACCAGAAUGUGUUGUCUUAGAUAAAGAAGAUGUGAAUACAUCUACUACAAAGUCAACUGACCAAAUAUUGGCUUCUAAAAGAAGUACAGCGAGUGAACAUUAUCCAACAGAUGAAAGUGAUCCAGCCAGCGGAGAGGAAAUACCUGAAGCAAGUCAAAACAAACCAAAACAACAUGAUCAAGAAAAUGAAAGUGGUUUUUUCAGAGAAUGUUUAGAGAAAGAAAAGGGAAAAACUCAUAGUAAUAAUCAGGGAAGUGAAACCACCAAGAGUGUAGAAGGUGAUGAAAAUAUGACAGUACACAGUUCCCUGAACAAAAAGACGACAUCCACCAGCAACAACGACGAUGACAUUUCUAAUGCUGACAGAGACACACGCCAGCAGGACAGUUAUCACCUUACAAGAGAAAAAGAGAAACAGAACAAAAUGCCUGAUGCCACUAAGACAAAGGUGAAUGUUGAGAAGGAAAGAGGAGAAAAACUGUCUCGUGAAAGUUCCUUAGAACGAUCAGUUCCAGACGAUGGGAGCAGCAUUCCACGUCCCCUGCCUCAGAAGACCCUCUGGAGGUGUAGCACCUACGAGUCCAUGAGCAUCAGCGACUAUGACAACCUGGCAUUCCUGAUCCAUAAGUCAUCUAGCUCACCGGCCUGCUGGACCCCCACCAACACCAAACAGAGGUCCCUCAGUAUCGAGUCUCUGGACAAGGCCAGAGAUGAGUCACCUGAGGACACAAAGUCUAAAAGUACAUCUGAGCAGAGCCAAGGUCCCUCACAGGACACAAAGUCUAAAAGUACUUCUGAACAGAGCCAAGGUUCCUCACAGGACUCAAAGUCUAAGAGUACAUCUGAGCAGACCCAAGGUCCCUCACAGGACACAAAGUCUAAAAGUACAUCUGAACAGAGCCAAGGUCCCUCACAGGACUCAAAGUCUAAGAGUAUAUCUGAGCAGAGCCAAGGUCCCUCACAGGACACAAAGUCUAAAAGUACUUCUGAACAGAGUCAACGCUUCAGGUCAGAUAGUGUGAAGACUUCUCGUGUUGAUAAAGUGAACAGCAGCAGCAGUAAAUGUUAUGUAAAGCAAGAUACAAAUACUGAUUGUAGAGACCAUGUAGAGAGAGUGACUAGUAGUAGCAGUAGCAGCCACGGACAGAAGGGAGUCACAAAACUCCAUGUUGACCGCUGUGAGAGUCAGUCAGAGAGUCGUGGUGAUAUAAACAUGUUCACUAAAGAACCUCCACAAAAACAGGUUGCAUGUGAGGCUUCCCCGCCCGUGUCGUCGCAGGUCACUCACCCCGCCGCAACAGUAGCAGCUCAGGCAUGCACUAAUAGUAGUGAUAUUAGCUCUGCUCACCACUCAUUCCUUCUUCCUCCACGGAAAAGGGAACGUAAAGUGCAAGGCCAAAUUGACAAAGAUGCUGAACAUAGUGCAGAAAGCAAAUAUACUAAUGCAGUAAACAAGCCUUCUACUAACACCGCUUUGUUGUAUGAUCCAGAUAAAAAAGAGGUCGGUAAAAUAGAGGCCGCCCGCCCUGACGUGCCUCAGGCCAAACAAGUUUCUGCUAAAACAAGCAAAGAGCUCAAGUGCGACAAAGACAAGACCAAAGAGGUAAGCAUACAGUGCUCCAGCUUAUUCUCGCUAACGUCUGCAAUGUUGCUUCUGCAAAAUCUUGCAUUCAUAUAUUUUAUCCUAAUACCUUUCAUGAAACUAAUAGCUUCAUUCUUGUAGUCCAUAUAAUAAAUAGCACAUGCUUAUAGUGUCACAACAUGAAGAGAAAUAUAAGAUCACUUUUUGGGGGUAGAGAUGACGCGAGUAUUUAAUAUAUCUUUACAGUUUUGUGCGGCGGCGGGCAAGUCAGACCCCGUCAGAAAGUCGUCUUCAUGCCACAUAAGUUGACCCCGCGGCUCGUUGUCUCACCAAGACACUGAAAAUUGUGUCGUCGUCUCAAUACUUUGACGGUGACAUAAAUACGCUUGGUGUUGUUCAGUAAUAGCGAGACAACAAUUGUCUGCCUUCUUCCUCUUAAUAUCAAUAUUAUAUUGGCCUUGAACACAAUAUUACUUUCUCAAACACAAGUUUAUUUUAACAAAGUCUACCCCCAGAAUCUGAAGUAAAUUUAUUAUUUUUUCUUGUCAACAAUUUAAUACUGUAGCUUUGAAAGGUUAAGUUGGUGUCGUUGUAGAACAAUGUAUCAAUGUUUGUGGAAUAAGAUAAACUGUACCAAGAAAAUGUUCUCUCAUAAAAUGUGACAUUUGUAGAUAAUAAAUUCCUCAGAGACAGA